UGUAAGGAAGGCGGUGGAAACCAGUCGAGCCAUUAUGCACUAGAAAUACCCAGUACAAGCCAAUCAAAAGCAAGACAGAGGUGAACCAAGUGGUGAGACAUUUAGGAAAAAUCACCAAAGUGUUUCUCACACCUACUGAGCUCCACGGGUCUUCGUAAAGCUACUGAUAAUUUACAGAGGAGGUUUAACUCCCUUCCGCAAAGGCCAUGGAUUGGAAGACUCUCCGGGACUUCCUCAGUGGGGUGAACAAGUACUCCACUGGCUUCAGCCGGAUCUGGCUGGCGGUGGUCUUCGUUUUCCGGGUGAUGGUGUUUGUGGUGGCGGCGGAGCGCGUCUGGGCCGACGAUCAGAAGGACUUCGACUGUGACACCCGGCAGCCGGGAUGCCCCAACGCCUGCUACGAUCACUUCUUCCCCAUCUCGCACAUCCGCCUGUGGGCCCUGCAGCUCAUCUUCAUCACCUGCCCCUCCUUCAUGGUGGUGCUGCACGUGGCGUACCGUAAGGACCGUGAGCGCAAGUACCGUGCCAAGCACGGCGAGGGCACGCGCCUCUACGACAACCUGGGCCAAAAGCACGGCGGCCUGUGGUGGACCUACCUGCUCAGUCUCUUCUUCAAGACCGGCAUGGAGAUUUGCUUCCUCUAUCUGCUACACAUCAUCUACAACAGCUUCUUCCUGCCUCGUGUUGUGAAAUGCAAACAGUGGCCCUGCCUUGGAGAAGUCAACUGCUACAUCGGCCACCCCACGGAGAAGAACGUGUUUACCUACUUCAUGGUUGGUGCCUCUGCCCUCUGCAUCAUCCUCAACAUCAGCGAGAUCUCCUACCUGAUCUUCGUGCGCCUCCUGCGUGCCGCCCACAGGGGGAGCCGAAGUCUUUUACGGCAAGGGUCCAAAAGCGAGGAAUGCAAUGCGUGCAGCGUCUCCGCCACCCGGCUGAAAGAAAAGCAGGACUCCUCCAGUGCCUAGAAUCUCUGUGGUCUAAAAAGGACUCUUUCUAUUAUUUUAUUUGAAUUCUCUAGCUGUGUAGAAAUGUUCUUCCUCCGUCCCUUCUUGGUUGUCCAUCGUUAAAGAGGAGAGAUGUUUCUCUGAGCUACUUUCAUCAUACAUAAUGCCAAAAAGAAGGAAAGUCUGUUUUCAAAACCAUACAAUAACAAACAUCUACACACAUACACAGAAAGUUUACCUAUAUGUUGUCUAACAAAUAAAUCAAUUUACUUCAUCUUACGCUGUAUUCCUGUAGAAAUGCCAGCAGUAACCAAAUGUUUUAGAUUUAAAUGAAAUCACACAAUAGAUAGCCUUAUGUAUAGUAAACGGAGAACCUAAAAUUCA